AUGCCUAAUAUCAGCCUGCCGCUGUGGGCCGUCAGCAAGGACAGCACGAUUGUUGACGAUGCUUGCGAGCCCCUUCCUGCCGACACCCCUGAUCUUGCCGGAAAGCUUGUCCUCAUCCGCCGUGGCACAUGCACUUUCGACACCAAAGCUGCAAACGUAGUUGCCUUUGGGGCACAGUAUAUUCUGUUCUACAACAACGCACCUGGCCUUACCUCCCCUAGUGUCACUGACCCUGAUGUUCUUGGUGCAGCCAUGGUCUCGGCUGAACAAGGUGCUUCUUGGGUGGCCAGUCUUGCUGCAGGUUCCGCUAUCCAGGUCAAUAUCGACGGCAAAUUGACAGUCUUCUCCAGCCCUGCCAAUAACGUUACUGGCGGCCACAUGUCUACAUUCUCGAUGUGGUACCCAACUGCCGAGGCUUACGUCAAGCCAGAGAUCUCUGCUCCUGGCGGCAACAUUUUGUCCACUCUGCCUCUUGAGCAGGGUGGUUACGGAGUCUUGUCCGGUACUUCAAUGGCCACUCCUUUUGUCGCCGGUGUCGUUGCCCUCAUGAAGGAGGCUCGCCCUGACCUUGAUCCUCACACUAUUCGUACUAUCCUUGGUACCACUGGUCAUCCUGUCACUUUCAACGAUGGCAAGACCACCUAUGAUUACCUUGCUCCGGUAGUCCAGCAGGGAGGUGGUGAGGUCGACGCUUUUGCUGCCGUUCACACGUCGACUGUGAUUGAUGUAGCAAAUCUUGCUUUCAACGACACAGCACACUUUGUCCAGGAGGCGAACUUCACCAUUACCAACCGCGGUAGUAGCGACAUUACUUACAAUCUUGACUACGUUAAUGCUGCCACCGCCUACACUCUUCCCGAUGAUGGCAGCACUCAGCCUCAAACUUUCCCUCCUGACCUCGUCACCUCUGGUGCGAGUGUGCAUUUCAGCUCUGGUAGCGUCAGCGUUGCUGCUGGCAAGUCGGAGGUUGUUAUUGUCACUCUGUCGCUCCCUGAGGACCUCACAACCGCUCGAAUUCCUGUAUACUCAGGCUUUAUCACAAUCAACGGCACCAACGGCGACUCUCUCAACCUUCCUUACGCCGGCGUUGCCUCUUCGCUGAAGGACGCUACUGUCCUUGACCCCAGUACUGGAUAUCCUUAUAUUACAAGUACUUCUGACAACACCUUCGUUCCUCUGGAUGCUGGUACCGUCUUCACCAUCUCGAUUGCCAACACGACUAUCAACGGUACCACGGACAACUCGACUGGCCUUCUGAUCCCCAACUUGAGAAUUGGUCUCGUCAUGCCGUCAUCCCUAAUCCGUGCCGACCUCCUCCCCUCAAACUCCACAUAUGGCACUUACACCAACACCACUACUAUCCUCGGCGUCAAGACCCUUGGUGCUAUUGCUGGUACGCCUUCUGUCUACCAGCCCAGAGCUAAUGCCUGGAGUACCGCUUUCUACGGUGUCCUUGACGACGGUAGAAGAGUUCCUGCAGGAACUUACUCUAUUCUUGUCCGUGCCUUGAGGAUUUUUGGAGACGCGACGAAUCCCGACGAUUAUGACAGUGCUGAGACUCAGUCCUUUACGAUUAGAUAUGUUCACUAA